AUGUCGUCUCCCUCUCCCAAGCCUGCUUCUUCUCCUCCUCCUCCCUCACCUGCCCCCCAACUCCCUUCAAAUGCUUCUUGGGCCUCCAUCCUCAACGCUGGCUCUGCUCCUUCAUCCGAUGGCCUUCCUCUCUACUUUGUCUCUCCUAUCUUAAAUGGCUUGACCAAGGUCGCUAUUUGCCUUGCUGCUGUUUUGGAGUACGAAAUCAAGCUUUGGGAAAAUAGCCUGGUAGGUAAUUUUCUUGGCUCGCGACCACCAUUCCACAUCGUCAAAACUUCUCUCUCCAAGCAGUGGAGACCUCAAGGAUCCUUGGAUAUCUCUCUGCUGGACAACGGCUUUUUCCUGUUCAAGUUUUCCUCUGCUACUAACAAGCUUCGAGCCUUAGAAGGGGGUCCUUGGUUGAUAGGUAAGAAACCAAUUUUUCUUUGCCAAUGGCAUCCCCAUCUGCAACUCCGGCGACUGGACCUUACUUCAAUCCCCUUUGGGAUUACCUUACCUGGUUUGCCGCUUCAUUAUUGGUGCACCGAUGGACUCAACUCUCUGGGAUCUGUCUUGGGUAAACCUCUAUUCUCAGAUGUUAGGACCAGACGCAAAGACUGCCUGGCUUAUGCAAGGCUCUGCGUGGAAGUCUCUGCGCAAGAUGUGCUUCCCACCUUCAUCACUGUCCGAGAAGGCGACGACUACUCCUUCGAGCAGGAAAUCCAUUACGAUUGGAAGCUUCCCCAGUGCUCAGUCUGUAAAAUGUUUGGAUACGACUCUAAGCUUUGCUCCCCUCCCUCGGACGAGCCCUCUGUUGUUGGAGCUUCAUCGUCUACAGAUGUUCAACCUUCGUCUAUGACUGCCGGCAAGAUGCUUCCUCCCCAUUAA